AUGUUGAACCCGAUAGAGAAUGUGUUCUCUUCGUUCAAGUCAUCGGUGAAAGCGUUUAAGCGAGAAAACCGACGCCAAAUUCUUGAUGUUCCUCCCGGUGUGACCAUGAAGGACCAUCGUCAGUAUUUCCUCCAAACGGCUGCCAAUCAAUACCUCCCGGAGGUGACUAUCGCAGCUAGCUGUCGCAAUUUUUAUCGGCACACGCUUCGUUUCCACGCAAAGGUAAGUGACCUGAAGGACAUGCCCGUGAAGACCUAA